AUGGCUACUCACAGUAGCCCUUACUCGGCUCAGACCAACGGGUCUUACACCGACUUCUCCCCCACUACCAAUGCCACUGCCUUCUCUCCAGAGAUUGUGCGAGGUACGGCUGGUCAAGGUUUCAAAGGUCCGCCGCAGUUCGCCGGCACGAACAACCAUCACGGUGCCGUUGUCCAGCAUGGCAAUUGCAACAACAGCUACGAUCCGUUCCACUCCAGCCGCCCACCUUCGUAUGACUCCAUCGUCCCGAACAAAGGCCUCUCCGCAUCGGCGAACGCGUUUCGUCCAACGUCCUCUCAGCCGGCAGCUCCUGUAUCAUACCUGACCAAAGACUCCGUCCCAGACGACUAUGGCUUCGUCCAGUUCAACAGGAACCAUGGACAUUCUUCACGGCCCGUCACCUCUGGCAGCUCCGGUGCCAUUGGAUCGCGUCCUGCAACCUCCGGCACGUCGGCCAACGUCGGCUCGCGUCCAACUUCGUCAUCGACAAAUGGCCUUGUCCAGGGGCUGACCACGAGCACUCACUUCGGCGGUAACGUGAAGAUCAGCCGCUACGUUAAGAUCACCGUGUCAAAGCAGGAGCUAUCGUCGGGCCAAGCGGAAAUGCUGUUGAAACAGCGGCCAUCCUUCAAGUCUUGCAUCAACAUUGUGAAGCGCGUCCUGAUCCAAGGCGAACUGUAUUUCGCCUUUGACACCAUCAGCUCGGCACAAGAGGCUGCGGACGACGUAGCGCUCAUUCGCGGCGGAGAAUGGCUCAUCGAGUUUAUCACCCUGAGGGACUUCUCCUUGGUCUCUCUUAACCGCCCUGAUUGUAUCGACGAACUAGAGGGCCAGGUCAUUCUCUGGGCUCACGGCCCGUUCGAGGUGGUGCAAAACGAGUUCCUCCGCAUCCAGCAGAUGCUGUAUGACCGCGCUGCGUCAUACGGCAAGGUUCUGGGCCGUAUUCCUCUUGCAAGCGACAUCCCCAACCAUUGGGAGCAAGAGGUCUUGGGGAAGGGACUCCUUGUCGAGUUCGACUCCCUCUCAGAUGGGAAGCGCUUCUUCAAUGCGCACAAGGAUGCGAUUUACGAUGGUUGUCUCUGGAUUGCCGCCGAGCUCCCAGGCGGCCCACGCCCAUUGGUUCGUCAUGCCGCGCCGCGCCAUCACCAUGACACUGAGGAACACGCAAACAAUCGCGACAACCGCAUCGAUCUUAGGCGGAUCCAAGCUGGGCAAGAUGUGCGCACCACGGUGAUGCUGCGCAACAUUCCCAACAAGAUGCGUCGUGACGAGCUCAAGGGCCUACUGGAUGAAAAGGUACGCGGUCUUUACGACUUCAUGUACCUUCGAAUGGACUUCGAUAAUAGCUGCAAUGUCGGCUAUGCAUUCAUCAACUUCGUCAGAUCCGAGGACAUCGUCACGUUCUUCAAGGCCUUUUCCGGCAAGCCGUGGCAGGGUCAGGCCUCCAACAAGAUUGCCGAAGUCUCGUAUGCCACUUGCCAGGGGCGCGAGGGACUCAUUGCCAAGUUCCAGAACAGCGGUGUUAUGUUGCAGUGGCCGAUGUACCGCCCGAUGUUGGUCUACACGAAGUACGAUGCGCUCGGAGAUGAGAUGAUUUCUAAGGAGGAGCCCUUCCCCCCGCCCGACAAUAUCGUCAAGGUGAUGAGGUCAAUGGAUUCAAUCCAGCAAGUCGGUCUGUUCCCGCCCAAUGAGGGCAAUCGUCGCGGUACACGUCAACGGCACCAAGGCCCGUUUGAUGCUGGCACCCCCCGUGCCUUGACAUACCAGGGUCAAAGCGCUCACCAAGGACGCGACCACGGUGGUUGUGGUCACUCUCCAAGACGCCGCUCUCCAAGACGGUUCAAUGGCCAUGCUGUACAGCAAUACGGCACGCAGGCCUACACGGCUCCGGCUAACCACGGGUAUCAGCAGCACCAGGUUGUCCAUCACUUCGGGCCUCGCCAGUUCGAACACACGAACGGUGCCAUGCAAUACCACCAGCAACGCGUCAUGGAUGGCCACUACAACCGCUUCGACAACUACCACCAUGGCAACCAUUAUCCCGGCAACCACCAUUACGGCUGGCACUGA